UCUCUAUCUCUUUCAUUAGAUAUAUCUUCUCUAUUAAUUGGUACAAUACUACCAAGAAAAAUGGGAAUGAAAAAUCCAAUGAUAUUUAUUAUCUUUUCAUUGCUUUUCUCUCUGUCUUCUUUUUCUCCUUUCUCUUUAGCCAAAUCAUUAGAAAACAACAACAAUAAGAAGCCUUAUUACAAGCCAUGCAAAACCCUAAUGCUCUACUUCCACGACAUCAUCUACAACGGUCAAAACGCCGCCAACGCCACGUCGGCCAUAGUGGCGGCGCCUCAAGGAGCCAACUUGACCAUCCUGGCCGGCCAGUUCCACUUCGGAAACGUCGUCGUUUUCGAUGACCCCAUAACCCUCGACAACAAUCUCCGGUCCGAGCGGGUGGGUAGGGCUCAGGGGUUCUACAUCUACGACACCAAGAACACCUACACGGCCUGGCUGGGCUUCACCUUCGUCCUCAACAACACUGAAGUGGGGCGGGGCACCAUCAGCUUUGCCGGAGCCGACCCCAUCAUGGUCAAGUCUAGGGACAUCUCGGUCGUCGGUGGCACCGGAGAUUUCUUCAUGCACCGUGGGAUUGCCACUAUUACCACUGAUUCUUUUGAGGGUGAAGUUUACUUUCGUCUUAGGGUUGAUAUCAAGUUCUACGAGUGUUGGUGAUCAUUUGAUGACUUUUAUCAACACCAACUUUGUCAUUAUAUAUACAUAUAUAUAUAUGUAUUUUUCUGUUUCGUCGUUUGAUUCGUUUGUGUCAACUACAGUUAGUUUAGUGCCAGAGAUAUUUGUAUGGAUCUUUCCACAGUGAUGUUUCUAGUUCGUGUUUAAUAAAUGAAUAAAAUGAACUGUUUGGAUUUUUGAAGUA